AUGGAAAUGCAAGACCUAGCAAGUCCUCAUCCUCUUGUUGGAGGUGGUGAUACUCCUGGUAGCUCCAAGCUGGAGAAGGCUAAUCUCAGCAGCACAUCCGUCACCACAAAUGGGACAGGAGUCAAAACAGAGCCUUUGAACAGCAGUGAAACCACAACCACAACUGGAGAUGGAGCGCUUGACACCUUUACUGGGUCAGUAAUAACAAGUAGUGGCUACAGCCCCAGAUCAGCGCAUCAAUACUCCCCCCAGCUCUAUCCUUCCAAUAAUGCUAUUUUUCUGAUAUUUAGGCCCUAUCCACACAUUCUUUCUACACCAGCAGCUCAAACGAUGUCUGCCUACGCAGGCCAGACUCAGUAUUCGGGGAUGCAGCAGCCAGCCGUCUACACUGCCUACUCACAGACAGGACAGCCCUACAGCCUGCCCACUUACGGUAUUUCACAUUUGGGCGUGAUGUUGCCAGGCAUCAAGACAGAGAGUGGACUCCCGCAGACUCAGUCCCCGUUACAGAGCGGGUGCCUCAGUUACAGUCCAGGGUUUUCCACCCCGCAGCCCGGCCAGACCCCUUACUCCUACCAGAUGCCAGGUUCUAGUUUUGCACCAUCAUCUACUAUUUAUGCGAAUAAUUCAGUUUCCAAUUCAACGAAUUUCAGCGGUUCACAACAGGAUUAUCCAUCCUACACAGCCUUUGGCCAAAACCAGUAUGCACAGUAUUACUCAGCAUCAACCUAUGGAGCGUAUAUGACAUCAAAUAACACAGCUGACGGCACCUCAUCCUCGACCUCAACCUAUCAGUUGCAGGAAUCUCUCCCAGGACUGACUAGCCAACCAGGUACAGAUCUUCAUCCAGAGUUUGACACCGUGCAGAGCCCCUCCACGCCCAUCAAAGAUCUUGACGAGAGAACAUGUAGGAGUUCUGGGUCAAAGUCCCGAGGACGAGGCCGGAAAAAUAAUCCCUCCCCACCUCCCGACAGUGACCUGGAGCGCGUGUUUGUCUGGGACUUGGAUGAAACCAUCAUCGUUUUUCACUCAUUGCUCACAGGGUCCUAUGCCCAGAAGUAUGGCAAGGAUCCCCCCAUGGCUGUAACCCUUGGACUACGAAUGGAGGAAAUGAUUUUUAAUCUUGCUGAUACACAUUUAUUUUUUAAUGAUUUAGAGGAAUGUGAUCAAGUUCAUAUAGAUGAUGUUUCCUCAGAUGAUAAUGGGCAGGAUUUAAGUACCUACAGUUUUGCAACUGAUGGCUUCCAUGCAGCUGCAAGUAGUGCAAACCUUUGUUUGCCAACAGGUGUAAGAGGAGGGGUUGACUGGAUGAGGAAGUUGGCUUUUCGUUACAGAAGAGUAAAAGAAUUAUACAACACCUACAAGAACAAUGUCGGAGGACUCCUUGGCCCUGCCAAGAGAGACGCGUGGCUGCAAUUGAGGGCAGAGAUUGAAGGUCUCACGGACUCCUGGCUAACAAAUGCACUUAAGUCUUUAUCAAUUAUUAGUACUAGGAGUAACUGCGUGAAUGUCUUGGUCACAACAACGCAACUGAUCCCAGCACUUGCGAAGGUUCUGCUCUAUAGUUUAGGAGGUGCCUUCCCCAUCGAGAAUAUUUACAGUGCAACUAAAAUAGGAAAAGAAAGUUGCUUUGAACGAAUAAUGCAAAGGUUUGGCAGAAAAGUAGUAUAUGUUGUAAUUGGGGAUGGUGUAGAAGAAGAACAGGCAGCAAAAAAGCACAACAUGCCCUUUUGGAGGAUAUCAAGUCACUCAGACCUCUUGGCUCUACAUCAAGCACUGGAAUUAGAGUAUUUGUAACUGUUUUCUCUAGCUGGAGAUCCGUUUUUUUAUAUUUCAAGUACACUGAAUUUUUAUGUGUGAUUCAAUGCCUCUGGCUUUACACAUAUAAAUUGUCUUAAAGGAUGAAAUCAUAUUUGGAAUGAAAAUUCCAGAAGGAAGAAUUCAGAUUGCUGCACGGAAUUACACUUUAGUGCUACAGAAAAGAAGCUCUAUGGUCUUAUAUUUACAACACUUUAAUGGUUUUUAAAAAAAAAAUCUGUGGAGGUUGCUGGUACACACCAAAUGAGUCCUAACUGGAAUUAACAGCUUUGGCAAAGAACUCUUACCCUGGCAAAACACCAAGACACGCUCCGUCUGACGAGGUGGUGUUCAACAACAUUCCUCAAAAUGAGAAAUCUUCUCAGCCCUGAGGUUUGAAUCUGACUUUAGCCUACCUAGCCCAGAAAAUCUGAAUUGGAAUGCACUCAGACUGUAUAAGGACAAUCCUAUCUAGACCUGUAAUUUGUGUAAAUUAUUGAUGCAAAUAAUUUACUGUGACUUUAUUAGCAGCUGAUUUUGAA